AGAUAACUACGAUGAAAAUGUAGUAGAAGUAGAACCGGGGCUCCUGCAGCAGCAGCAGCAGCAGCAGCUAGACUGGAAUAGGUAUAAGGCAUCGUCCGCUAUGGUCCAGCAAGCGUUAAUCGGCCUGUCGUCGUCAACCGGAGUAGAGGACACGCGAAAUAGCCUCGGUGCCACUUCGUCCGCCACUACAAUAUGGAUGUUGAUGUUCUUUUUUCCAUCUUUCAGACCAUCUAGUCAGAUUGUGACCUUUUCCACUUAGAACUCUAUAGCUGAAGGGGUGCCUUUAUGGUCUGGCUAGAUGGAAAAAUCGCCAUUCAUAUAUAAUGCUGCGAGAAGAUCGAACUCCAUUGUUGAGCAGUUCAAUCUCGACUACUGGCGAUCAUGAGAAUUCUGCAGAAGCAGAGAAAAAUACCCAGGAUGUCUACAGCCAGAAGGAGAACAUCCCGCCAUCGUUUUAUGCCUCCCAGAAGGAUAAUAUCGUUACUAGUAAUGUACAAGUGAAAUUCGUUUCAUAAACAGAUGAAUCUAUUCAUGUUCAGUUCAUUCUUGUUGUGCUCUGGAAUUCUGAGAGAAUCAGAACUGGACAUUGCGUUUUGGAAACCUUGUUGAGAACGUGAAAUAUGAAAUUCUUUCGAGGACCGCUAAGAGGUCCGCUGAGGCUUAUCUAAUGGUUUAUGACGAAACAGACGGCGUCGAGUCUAGCAAAGUGUAAGCCGCCAAUCCCCAAGCAAGACGUUGCGUCAGCACCAGCAGGAACACCGUCACCAGUAGCCGAUGAACAACAACUGACUGGGCGAAGUCAUGCAUCGUCUUCGGCGAAACUAGAUUCAGUCGUGGCGGUGGAAGAGGUACGCGCUGCAACGGAAGUACGCCCUACAACUACUGUUCUUGCGCAAGCGUUUCCGACAGGUUUGGAGAUUAAGGCGCGUGUCCAAAUUGCAUUCUUCACUUGCAUCCUUGACCUUUUUUCAAGUGGAAAAUGGGUCAAGGAAGAUGUUCCGAAGAAUGUAAUGCUGCAACCUCCUCUAAGGAGAUGUCCUGUCGUGAUACACAGCGUCAAAUGCGGGAUCAACUCGCUGAUUACGUCAAGCGCGUGCCAGAGCUAGAGCGGGAGCUCGGUUUCCGCACUGAAGAGAGCGCUCGUUUAAAACGACAUUUAGCUAGGAUGUUGCGCGAGCGGCAGAACUACGAAGCGCAACUAGCGGAAAAAGAGGCAUUGUUAUGGAUGAUAUUUUCUCCAUCUGUCAGUUAGACCAUCGAGGCUGCCCCUUUUCCCCUUAGGACUUUAUAGUUUAAGGGAGGCCCCUUCGAUCUCGUUGUUCUGUACAGAUGAAAAAAAAUCAUUCAUAAUCGUGUGCGGAGCUAAGUCGGACCACAUGUCGAGAUCCUCAAGAAUUGGAGCAGACUGGUGUGGACGCUGGAGAUGCAGUGGGCGUCGAGAACAGAGAUGGAGGCUCACUUCCACCUGCUGCUGCUCCGCAACAAGCGCUAAAUGAUAGUAUGGCUCCAGUUUGUGCGUAAAUGAAUGAUAAGUUUAAGUACUUAGCUAAAUCAGUUCGCUGGUCCUCUUUUUAAAAAGCACCGUCUAGUCCAUUCAUCAUCAUGAUAGUAAGGCUCCCGAUUGAAGAGAUCGUAACAUUAAUUGUAGUUUUUGUAGAUUGCUUUAGUACCUUUAUUCUCAGGAUGAAGAUCCAAACUUUGAAUCGAUCUUGAACUUACACAAAAUUACGGAUUAUCGUUAGCUCUAAAGACAACACUCCGCCAGUGGAACGCUGUGCCGCUCGUGUAGAAAAAGCAAUACUCUUUGGAAGAAGCCCCAACAAGAAAUCAGCGGGAGACGACGUGGCCAAUAGUACGCUUACAACUGCGCAAAAUCAGAAUACACAAGUGGACACGACGAGCUUGGGACCAUCUA